AUGGCUGCAGGCGAUGAGAAAACUGAUAUCACGGCGCUGCUCUACAGCAACCGCUCGGCCGCCGCCUACGCGCUGGGCAAGUAUCUGGCGGCCGCAACCGACGCCUCGCUCUCCAUUUCGCUGCGUCCAACGUGGGCCAAGGGCCACUUUCGCCGCGGCGAGGCGCUACUUGCCCUUGGCCGCGUGCGCGAGGCCCACGCAGGCUACCGAAAAGCAGCUGCUCUGGAGCCACACGAUAUUCACGUGCGCGUAAGUUGUGAGCGGGCGCGUAUUUUGGCACAGAACGAGUCAAUGGGCCUGCGGGUCGUUCAGAUGCUGGCUGGCCGAGACUUUGCCUUGAAGCCGCGCGGACUGCACCCGAUUAGAGCGGGUAUUUUCCGGUUUGCCCAGGGCAUGCAGAACUUCAUUUAUCUGAUCGCCGACGAGGAGUCGCGCAAAUGCGUCGUUGUCGACGCUUGCUGGGACGUCGAUGGUAUUUUGGCAGUCAUUGAGCGCGAAAAGCUUUUGUUGGCUGCUGCCGCCGUGACCCACAGCCAUUUUGACCAUACUGGCGGAAUGCCGCCGCCGCCCUUUGCGUCGCUGCGUAUUCGUGUAUCUGGCGUUGCCGAACUCAAACGUCGUAUGCCCCAUCUGCCCCUUCUUGUUCACCCGCUGGAUAUCCCCGAUAUUAUCGAGUCCAACCCGCAGCUGCAGCCGCGUCAUUUUACACCGACGCCCAACGGGUUUUCCUUCCGUCUUGGGGACCGAACGGACCUGCAUUUCAUGCACACUCCGGGUCAUACGCCUGGAAGCCAGUGCGUGUUGGUCAACGGGUGCCGCCUGUUUAGUGGCGAUACUUUGUUCCCUGGCAGUUGUGGUCGCGUUGAUCUGAAGGGCGGGUCGUUGCCGGAUAUGCUGGAAAGUUUGAGAACUAGAUUAUGUGCGGUUCCGGACAAUACUAUUGUGUAUCCGGGUCAUGAGUAUGGCGGGGAGUGGACGUCGAUUGGGAGAGAAAAAAAAAGAGGCUUUUUGCGCCCUGAUGCUCACCCUGGGUGCUCUCGCCAUAACUCUGUGGAUGUUGCCAGGGCUGCAAAUAGUGCCAAUGCAACAGUUGCGGUGUAG